CGCAUCGACUCGCCAUGAACAGCGUCAACCGCCUUAGAGCGAUUGUGCCACUCCGUGUGGCUUUUGAACUUCGUCUCUGUGAUCGCGGAAGAUAAUACGAUCACAAAGAGAACAGGAUAAGUAGACGAAAAACAUGUCCAGCACCACCUUAGUACUUUUGUACGCUCCGAUGCAUCACUUACCUUGCGACUUUAGCGCACCAUGUCUGAAGAAAAGCAACUCGUACUUCGAGGGACGCGUGAAGUGGUCGUACACGACCAGCACUCUCGCGCGGUGUCUGUGGAAAAACAAGACGUGGAUCGCGGGGAGCGUGAGCUGGUCGUACACAAGCGGCGUUUGCGGGCGGCGUUUGCGGGCGAGCGACGCGUGGAUCGAAAGGGCGGCGAGCUGGACGAAUUCGAGCAGCGCUGGCGCGAUCGCUACGACUGGCUACUGGGGUACGGAUACCGCCUGCCCGACCGGUUCAGACCGGGCUGGGUCCCGUCUUGGAAGGGAAAGGGCGAAGAUGUCCCUUAUUGGGAUCAGGAGGACGGUGCACUCUACAACAUAAGCUCUAUCACCAAAAUGUUCGCCGUUCGCGUCGCAGACGGCGCCGACAUCUUGUUGACGCGCAUUUGCGCCCCCGCGCCCUCACACCAAGUGUCAAUCAUUCGCACACUUGGUCGAGAGCCGCUCGCCUGCGACCGUCGCAACCACUGCGUGCCCGUAUAUGAGGUUCUCGCCGCCUCCGGAGAGAAAAACACGGUCUUCAUCGUUUCCCCGGUGCUUCGCGAGUGGAAUGACCCUUCCUUUGACACCGUCGGAGAAAUUGUGUCCAUGAUUAUGCAGAUCUUCGAGGGCUUGCACUUUCUGCACAUGCACAGGAUAGCGUAUCGCGCAAACAUCAUGAGGAAGGCCAUGUUGGAUCCGAGGGAUAUGUAUCCCGAGGGGUUCCACCCCAUCAGCCCCAAGCGCGCGAGAGACUGGAACCCCGAGGCAUACGCGAAGCGCUACACGCGCACGCAACGCCCGCCCCGGUACUAUUUUGCCUCGUCCCGGGCGUCGCGGAUUUACCCUCGCGGGAUCCCCCCGAGAGUGCCUCGUUACGAUCUUGACGAUGUGCACUUAGCAGCUCCCGAGAUUGAGGUUCCCAUGCAGAUACGCGAAUUGAUUCGUCGACAUCCGCAGCUCCGAUCGAACCCGGCCUUCAUGGCCCGCGCUGUGUACUACGACCCCUUCCCCGCGGACGUCUACGGCCUUGCAUCUGGAAUUCGCGAACACAUAGUCUAUGUAUACAAAGGCUUCAAGUUCUUGCGUCCGCUUCUGGAGGACAUGACGCGCAUCAAUCCCAGAGAGCGGCCGACCAUGAACGAGGUGAUUCCCCGGCUCCACGCGAUUUUGAGAGGACUGGGACCGGAACUGCGCUCGCGCGUGGUAAAGUACGACGAGCACCCCGCCGUAGGCUACUAUCGCGCGAUCUGGCACUGGCAGCGCCGGCUGGUCUACGUAUUGACCUCCACCCCGGCGAUCCCGAUCCCGAAGCCCGCACCAGUCACGAUCCUGAAGGUCAUCCGCCACAAACUGAUCUCGGACGGUACAGAUUCGUUGGUCGAAACCGAACAGGGAGACGCACUUGUUCAGGCUACUCAGAACACCGCUGGCAUCAUCUACACUGUAGUUUCAUGGUGGCGCUCGUUCACCUGGUUCUUCCGCAGUUUGCAUUUAAUGCUAAUGGAUGACGAUUGAGGUUAUUUGGAUCUACGAUCAACGUGAAAUAACUCGACGCAGGUUCCUAAACGACUUCUUUUCCUCUUUCCUUUCAAUGUACUUAAUCCGACAAACGUCGAUCGAGGAGUAUGCGCAUGCGCACGUGAUCAGC